AUGGAAAUACCACGAGAAAUUAUAAAAUGGUUGCAGUACUUAAAUCUGCCUUAUUCCUUUAGAAAUAUUAAAAACGCUAGCAAUGGCGUAAUCGUCGCGGAAAUUAUAAACAUAUAUCUGCCCCAGACCAUCAACAUGAACAGCUUGGAAAAUGGCUUUGGAAAAGAAAUAAAAAAAAAAAACUGGCAAAUAAUAAAAAGAACAUUAACAAGUUUAAGCAUAUAUUUCGAUGAAAUGGCUGUUAUUAAUUCGGAAAAAGAUGCCAUAAUAAAUUUGUUUGUUCAAUUGUACGAACAUUUCAAUGGGAAAAAAAUAAAAAACGAUCUCUACUCUAAUAAGGAAGAAAGUAGCAAGUUGUCUGUUCCGUCAUUUGCCAGGUCUACUAUAACGCAGAAAGUCCGCGAAAGCAACGUCCACGACAUUGUCGAUGAGGAGAAAAAAAUGAUGAGCACCUAUGAAAUAAUAAAGAGGGAGGAAUAUCAAAACGCAAUGAUGAGAACGCGAGAAAAGGAAGAAAAAGAAAACAGCAACAAAAUAAAAUAUAAGGGGAAAAGAACGGGUCUAAAUGAGACUUCGAUCUUCGAGGGGCUCGAAAAAAGUAGCAGUAUCAUAACCAUAAAUGAUAUUAGCAGCUAUAUGGAUUACACCGACAUCAAGACGCUUGACUCAUUCAUCAAAGACAAGAACAACUUGAAAUCAGCGGCGUUUAUGAAAACUACGAAAGUGACGAACGAGGGUGAAUUUCAACAGGUAGACAAGAAGGGAUAUACAGAAGAAAACAUAGAGGACAUCAUAAUGGAGGUUUUAGCGACAAGCUUAUCCGAUUAUAAAAUCGAAAAAAAUGACCAAGAGGACGACAAAAAUGCGCCUGUACGAACCGCUAACAUGAAAAAGGGGAGUUAUAAAAUCGCCACAUUUGAGUCAUACGAUGAGGAAAGUAUAAAUAAUUUGUACGAAAGGUUCUACGCCCUGUGUGCCUUGAAAAAGCAAGAAUUGAUAGACAAAAUACUGGACCAGCUGUCACUCUUUAAUGAAAACUUCCACUUAAUACUAUCCUUGAGGGGGUACCAGUUUUUCCACCUGUGGAGAUUGUUUCAUCCUGUCCUUUCAAGCGCAAAGUGCGACUACGGAGUUUUCACUUCCAUUAUGAAUUAUCUAAAGCAGCUCCUGGCUUAUCUCAAAAUAAACGACACAACGACGAGUGAAAUAAUUUGCAACAUAAUAUUGAAAGGAUUGUUCGUACUAGACACCAAGAGGAAUAAAAACAUCCGAAGUUUCUGUGAACUAAUAAUUUUGUUAAUAAAUAACGAUAGGCAUUCAUUGAUGAACAUUUUGAGGGUGAUCAAAGAUAACAUGUCGUUGGAUUUCUUUUACCUUUUUCUGUUGACCCUGUUGGCCAGCCCAGCCAAGUCGCUGAUACAUCAAAAGGAUAUGAAAGACAUUUACCUCUACUACAUAUUCGCUGGACUGCACACAAGCAGAGAGAACAUUAUGUUGUACACCUUGGAAAUGCUAAAUAUGCUUAGUCUGUUAGAUGUCUAUCCAGAGAUAGUUCACCUGGCCGGUCUACUGCAAAACAUACUAGAUAUGAACAACAUAAAUUAUGAUACCUAUCUGUUCACCAUUAGCUGCAAUGUGCUAUGCAAAAUGAAGGAGAAUCAGAAGGAAAACCCCUACAACGCAGAGGAAGCCCAACUCAUGGAAAUUUGCUUCGAAGUCUUAAGACGCACCAAAGCGAAGAAAUUGUUAUACUUUUUUUUCUUGUACUCUCACAAGAUACUGAGCACGCAAGAUAAUUUUCUUGAUCUUUAUUUGAAGCGAUACAACGAAUUGAGCGAUGAGGAACAGAAAGUUCUCCUCAGCAACAACAUUUUCGAAGCGUCAUUUAGACAAAUAUGCAGUUGUAAAUUUGUCCAGAAGCAUUUUUCAAAUAUUUUUUCCGAGAACUUGAACAAGCUGAACGAAGAAAGUAAUCUGUCCCUUUUACACUUACUAUUAACAAAGGGAAAGUGGAAAACUGGCCCGUUUUUGAGAAUACUAAAAAAUUACAUAAUGUAUAACAAAAAUAUGGAAAUGCCCGCUUAUCUGAAUAUAUACGAAAAGAUUUAUGAAUAUACAAUUCGAAAUGUAUUCUUGGAGAAUUCCCCGGAUUUUGACUUAUCGAAGGAGAUACUAAAUUUUUUCUGGUUCUCGACAAAUGAUGAAUUAAAGGCUCAGUCAUUCGAGAUUUCCCUGAGGCAUUUUGAAAAUUUAUUUUUAGUGAACAAGCAUAACUUGGGGACACAUACAAAAGAGUAUCUUGCUCAGUUGGAGAAAGAUGCCUACUUAAAAAAGUUUGUGCAUUGA